AUGGCGGGCUAUCGGGCCGCAUCCCCCCUUUUGGUGCUGGCUCUACUUUUGGGCGCAUUCACACUGUGCCCUGUGGACGCCUCGGGGGCGCGCCGUGAGCUGAAGCAGACGACCAGUGUGAAUGCCACCUCGAGCAGCGCGACGGACGGCGACUGCGCGAUGCCCAGCACGACCUACCUUUAUGCGACCAGCAAAACCGUCCGACGCGGAAUCUUCAGCCCCGACUUCCCGGCGGUGGCCCACGUGCAGAGCGGUGACAUCAUCACCGCCGAGUGCGUCACGCACCAGGCCACGCAGGACUACGCCAAGAUGGUCAGGGGGGACCCGGGCGUUGAAGACAUCUUCAACUGGCCGAACGGCGUCGCCCCCAUCAACAAGAGCGUGCCGACCAUUCCCGGAAACGGCGCCCACAUCAUCACCGGGCCCAUCAGAGUGUGCGGUGCGGAGCCGGGGGACAUCCUCCAGGUCGACAUCCUCACCUUGGAGCCGCGCAAGAACCCGUCGACGGGACGCACCUUUGCCGCCAACACUCAGAGCAACCCGCUGAGCGUGUUUAACGUGCCCAAUCGCGCGGGGGGAACCAACCCGUCGACGGCCAUCGUCUACGAAGUGACCAAGGACGAGUUUGGCGCAUGGGCCACCCCCGUGUACCAGUUCUUGUCCCCCAAUACCACCGGUCCCGAUGGGAGACCCAACGGCGCGGGGGCAAUGAUUCCGCACGCCACUAACAUCGGAAUUUCCUCGGAGCCCGUAACGUAUCCGGAUGGCUUCCAAUCGCAGCUCUCCGGCGCAAACGGAAUCACCUACACCAACGCUUCGCUCGCGUUCCGCGUUCCGCUCCGCCCGCACUUGGGCACAAUCGGCGUCACUCCGGCCAACGCAUCCAAGUUCAUCAACGGCGCGCCGAACGGGACGAUCGGCGCUUCCUCUCAGGCCCCCACCAAAUCGGGCGGCAACGUGGACCAGUGGAGAACCGGCCCCGGCUCCACCAUGUACUACCAGGUGCAGAUCCCGGGGGCCAACCUCGUCUUCGGCGACUGCCACGCGGCAGAAGGUGAUUCGGAGCUGUCCGGGAACGCCGUCGAGGCGUCCCUGACCGGCACCUUCCGGCUGUCGCUCAUCAAGGCGGCCGACGCGCCGCUGCCGUUCCAGAACCUGGGCUUCCCGCUGCUGGAAACGGACUCGGAAAUUAUCAUCCACGGAUUUGCUUACCCCGACUACUUGAACCAGCUGGACGUCCCGUCCCAGAUCGGACAGCUGCAGUACGGUCCGGAUCUCAACAAGGCCGUCCGAAAGUUGAUAAGCGGUUCGCUCAAUUUUUUUACCAAUUUCUUCUGCUUUGCCGCAGACUACUUGAACCAGCUGGACAUCCCGUCCCAGAUCGGACAGCCGCAGUUCGGUCCGGACCUCAACAAGGCCGUCCGCGACGCGUACGUCAAGACGCGCAACUUCAUCAUGGACGGCUUCGGCGUUACCGAGUCGGAGGCCAUCUCGAUCAUGAGCGUGGGAGUCGACUUCGGUGUGACCCAGAUCGUGGAUGCAAACUGGGGCAUCCACGCCAUUAUGAAGAAGUCGCUCUUCUCCAGAAAGAGCGCGAGCACGUUCGGGCGCCGCCUGAUGGGUGACGACACCACGGGCAAGAGCGUGGUGCAGCUCAUGGCCGACUGGAAGGCGGCGCGCGAGUCGCAGGCGGAGCUGUCCAAGACUGACAUCCUCCCUCUCUCUCCUCUCCCCUCUCAGAUAGAACUCAGUCUUCUCUCCAAGUCUCUCCAAGUCUCUCCAAGCCCAGACUCUGUUCUACUACCUCAGACGAAGACUCCAAGCUACUGGGGGUCCUCUCGAGAGUUCUUCUCUGACAGAAGAUUCUGA